AUGGCAGCGUCCCUAAUUCCACUGCGUGUCAGCGCCGCUGAGGACCAGGAGUUGGCUCGGACCAUUGGCUGUGUUUGUGCCUCAGCAUAUUGCAUGUUUCUGAGAAAAAAUGUGCACAAGGCAUGGAAGUGCGGGGUUCAGGGGGUGCUACUCGUCCCCGCGAAGGCACUCUCUGAAGUAGCUGCCUUGAUGUGUGUCUGUGUGUUUUCAGGAUGCGAGCGGCAUGAUGGAGUAUGGGUGCCGGGCGAGUGGCCUGCUCGAGAUGGAAUUGCACUCGAUGCUCGGUCGCUUGCAACCAGCGAAGUGGGCUUCUUCAAAUCGAAAACGUUGAGCGAACGCGCCUUCGAACUCGGCGAAUUGGUGUGCUCGCGCUCACAGCUCGUCACUAUCAAUCUCAACCAGAUUGGAACGCUCAAACUACAGAUCGUCGUCUCCUGGAUCCCGCUGAUGACCGCUAGCAACAUGAACACAGCAAGCAGUACGUGCAGCGAAAAUUACUUCCUGGAUGAUGCAUCGACCAGUGACGCAGCUAGUGAAAAGAAACCAUGUGUACUGCUACGAGAAAAAAAGCACGGCAGUUAUCUUAUGCGACAAAAAGAAAUUUGGCGGUCUUCAACGAAUAUUUUGGACAGCGUCUAUGACGAUAUCAGUAAAUCAAUCCCUAGCAUUGAUACGGUUGAAGCACUGCCGAUAGAACGAGAUGACUUAAAGAAAGAGUUGCUUCGGCCAACAAAAAGUGAAUGGAAUCGCUCAGCAAGCGUGGCGCAUCUUGGACCAAGUUCGAGUCAAGAUUCGUUGCGAAAACGGAUCUCAUCGUGUUCAUUAGUACCUCUUGCGGAUGAGUUAUUAUGUCUUAUUGAUCUGAUCAAACCGCUCACUACAAAACUGGUUCGUAAACAUCCCGAAGUCACUAUUUAUAAGGCUUGCGUAUUUCGAUGGGAGAAUCUGUUGAAGCAGGAAAUAAGGAACGAUGAAUUGUUCGUUUCUCGAAAAGGUAGUCUUACGCCUGGGAUUGGCUCUGGCGGCUUUCUGGAUGAGCGCGAUGAAAAUUAUGACUUUCAGACCUCCGAAGCUUUUUAUCAAAAACCGACAGUGGCUAAAAGUUCCGAAGUUGCUUUUUUGACAAAUAACUUUUUUCAUCGUUCGAUGCUUGAGGCUAAGCCCUUCAGUCAGCAGUUUUAUGAAGGGGAAGAAUUAGGUGAGGAGGUGGAGCGGGAAAAGAAACCAUGUGUACUGCUACGAGAAAAAAAGCACGGCAGUUAUCUUAUGCGACAAAAAGAAAUUUGGCGAUCCUCAACGAAUAUUUUGGACAGUGUCUAUGACGAUAUCAGUAAAUCAAUCCCUAGCAUUGAUACGGUUGAAGCACUGCCGAUAGAACGAGACGACUUAAAGAAAGAGUUGCUUCGGCCAACGAAAAGUGAAUGGAAUCGCUCAGCAAGCGUGGCGCAUCUUGGACCAAGUUCGAGUCAAGAUUCGUUGCGAAAACGGAUCUCAUCGUGUUCAUUAGUACCUCUUGCGGAUGAGUUAUUAUGUCUUAUUGAUCUGAUCAAACCGCUCACUACAAAACUGGUUCGUAAACAUCCCGAAGUCACUAUUUAUAAGGCUUGCGUAUUUCGAUGGGAGAAUCUGUUGAAGACGGGAUGUCACCAGAAAAGAAGAAAACUGAGUCGUCAUUUUUGCAGAGCAGAAAAUGAUAGUGGCAUCGACUCGUUACGGCAGCACAGCUCUCCAUGUAAUGGUAACGCUGUGGAGAAACAUCACUGCGGCGCUGGACCAGCACAAAGGCGCUUCAAACAGAUGAAAAACAAAGAACGACGCAGAUCAGCCGGGGGAGGCAUGGAUUUCCCGAAUGAAAGCCAGUUUUCUGAUGAAUCUUGGUUGCGGUCGAGCUCAAACAGCUCAUCUAGUGGUUGUUCGCUGGCUGGAAGCGCAUCUCACGAGCUGUGCCUCUGCCUCAGGCAUCAUUUGAAGCGAGGCCUGCAUACGUUAAAGGCGAAUCGAAGAAGCAUAGGUUCGAUCGAGAAGAGUCUUCUUCAUCUGUUUUUAUUUUGCACGAAAACCAUUAACUUACCAGCUUAUGGCAUUUUAGACAAGGAGACGAAGGAGGAGGAGAAGGGAGGGGGAGGCAGGCCUUUUUGGACACUGGUCGUGCUUUAUGGGCCGAUGGAGUUCUGCAGAAACGAAAUGCUUGGGCGGUUGGUUCAGGAGACAGCCACACUGAAUGAACUGAUCAAACUGGCUUCGUCCAAAAUGCAAUCAUUCGAUAUCAGCACUGUACUGUCGCAGCUAUCGGCUGCUUUGGAAGUUCGAGAAGUUUGGCUUUCUGCUGCGUUUUCAUCGAAUGCUCUUCUUAUGGUACCAAUGGAAUCAUUAAGACUACAGAUACGCAUGAUUGAAUCUAUAAUGUCUUUGCUCACUGACAAGGGUGUGUGGGAACCCGAAUUUAUCAGCCUUUAUCAGUUUGUUAGUUUAUUUCAUGGGAAACAUGCCACUUCUUUUGUUGAAAACCUGGCACAUGAAGCACUAAUAACAUCAAGUCUAAGUUCUCGGCAUAUUACUCUUGUCAAAGAAGUUAUGGAUCGAUUGUCUCAGGUUCCGGUUGUUCCACCGUUGGAGAGUUUGCGACACAUUUCUCUUGUGCUUCUUUGCCCGGAUCGCCAUUUACAGAAAAUUGUUGGUACGCUCAAAUUUAAUUUUUUCCGGACAUUUUCUUAUUCUUUUGGGUGGAAAGAAAAAGUAGGAUUUGGCGAAAACUUGAAACAAACCGGCUUUGGUUCCCGAAAGCCUUUACCAGCGCAUUCGACAGUGUUUCACCGCACAUCGAAGCAACGGGGGAUUUUGUUUCGGCAGUGGCAUACUCUCGAUGCUUUUUGUCGCAUACAACAUUGUGCUCGUCGCAGAAAACCCGGAGUCGUUGCCGUCAUUAAAUAAGC